UCCAUCUGGAGUUCGAUUGAUCUUUUCUUGAUUCUUUUGUUUCUAGAGGAGAAGGAAAUUCAAACAUACUGCUUAUAGGAUGACAACUUUGAAUUUUUCUCAUCGCCCCAUCUUUCCUGCUAAUCCGUCUGAAGAUCAUUUGGUUUCCUCCAUUAGAAUUGCCAACGGCUACGUUGUGGAGGGAAUCCCCGACAAGAACGGAGAUGGUUUUGGCAAGCCGCGGCGUUUCAACUGGGAAAUUGAGGAUUCCUAUGAUUGUAGAAGAGACAGAGCCGAUAGGGGAGGUCCUCGCGAGCCAAUCUCCAAUGAUAUACUUGACAUCCUUCCAUCGGAUCCCUUCGGGAUGGAUAUAAGUGCUACUUUUACAGCCAUCACAGGUUGGAUCGAGGACAUGGAAGCAGAUUCUGAGAACUACGUAAGAGAUGACACUGUUGGUAAGAAAGGAGAUUAUCAGUUUGUUGCGGGGUUGAAUUUUUUCUGGAACAGGGCCAUGAGGUUUCAGACGGAGCCAGUGUCGACUGGAAUUGGUGAAAGAUCAAACCCAGUUGGUUGGGUUGAUGGAUGGGUCGAGGAGAAAGAUUUUGCAGAUGGUUCAUGUGACGGUGGCUUCGUAUCAGUAUGCAAUAUGGAGGAGUUCUUGAGUUUUGGUGACGAUGAUUCUUGUGCUGCUAUUCGUCCACCCCAUCACUCUCAUGAAGCUGCUGAAAACUGUCCGUCUGGAGAAGGAGAAGCUCCACAUGAUGCUUUGCUCUUUGCCCUUCGUUAUCUUGGUGUGCAGGAUCUCCUUUGUGCUGAAAAGGUGUGCAGAACUAUGCGCUCUGCAGUGCAAAACGAUCCCCUCCUGUGGACGAAUAUUCACAUAGACCAGCCUUUGAAUGAACGUAUUACAGACGAUGCUCUUAUACGGCUAACUAGCCGAGCUCAAGGCAAUUUGCAAUCUUUGAGUCUAGUGGAGUGUUCAAGGAUCGCAGACGAUGGUGUGAAACGUGUCCUUCAAACUAAUCCGAGAUUAAAGAAGGUAAGUGUGCCAGGAUGUACAAGACUCAGUGUUGCAGGAAUUGUGAAUAACUUAAAAGCUUUCAAGUCUUCCAGUGCACCUGGAAUAAAGCAACUAAGAAUUGGUGGGCUCUAUGGCGUAACAAAUGAGCACUAUGAAGAGUUGAAGCUCAUAGUGGGUUUAGAAAAUUGUCAACAGCCAAAAGCUUAUAAAGCACGGUUUUAUCACAAUGCACACUUGUCUCUCUCUUGUGAUGAUGAUCGUGCUAUUGAUAUUGAGAUGUGCCCAGGAUGCCAGAAUUUGAGGCUAGUCUACGAUUGCCCUUCAGAGAGCUGCCAAGCGAAGCAGGGUGCUUCUGACUUAUGCAGGGCAUGCACACUCUGCAUUGCACGGUGCGUCCAAUGUGGGCGGUGUAUCAAUGACAGUGAGUAUGUGGAGACAUUCUGUCUGGACUUGCUUUGUUCAAGCUGCUGGAAGCAACUGCUGAAUUGCCCGGAGAGGCAAGAGGAAAAAGGUGUUCCCUCAAAGCACACCAUUUUCCACCAGGAGACAAGGUACCAUUUUCGCCUCUAUGGCUAGAGGGUUAUAUCAUAGUGUCUCUUUUGGCUGAGGAUGUUUCGUGAGAAAUUGUCAUUGGCAGUCCAGAUAUGUGACUAAAGAUAACAUACAUGACAAGAUGAUUCCUUGCCCAUCUGGUUGACUUGUGAGUGGGCAGGAAUGUUGGUUUAAUCUUUUCAAUGGACCUUGGCUUGGAAGGGUUGCCAUGGUAUCAACAUUGGGAAAGUUUAUUGAAA